AUAAUGACAUCUCCGAGCUCACUCGGCACAUCCUCGACUUCACUGGUCCAAGUUUCACCUGUUCAAAAGACAUCUUCCGUAACAUCAUCCAUAACAAAACUCUUAAUCCCCUUCGAGUCUACCUCCGCGGGAAAUCGAAAGGUUCCUGGAGCCGCUAGUACCCUUGUUUCGGAAGAGACAGAAGCCGCUUCACAUGGCGCAAUUCUGCAGGUCACGACGGCUACCUCAUCACAAAUGAUUGUACCUGCCAUACCAGGAUCUUCGACAGAAGUAAUAGUGGUGGGGGACUUUACUUCCGUACCAACCAUGAAAGCACCUGUCUUACAAGAACCUUCGACAGGAGUUAUCGCACACAUUGCCUCCCAAGAACAAAGUAAUGCUCAGGCACCGAGCCUCGAAGCAAGUCCUAACGGUAUUGUCCCAACGGCUACUUCGGCACACGUCGUUGUGCCGGCUGUCUCCACUUCUGGAAUUAUCCUUCAGAUUAUGCCACUUGGAGUUCACAAACGACAAUCAUCCAACACUUACUUGGUUCCUAAAUCUCCAUUCGGUGAACUUAUAUGCGAUUCAAGCAUUACCUUCACGUUAGAAAGUGGUCAGCUAUCAACGUCCAAUGGUGGACACUUGUCUACAACCAAUGGAGCUACAUGGAUGGCUUUCCAAGCUCUUUCUUCUAUACUCGCAAUCAACACGGAAUUUACUAUAGACAGAAACAGAUAUCUAGUAUGGCUUAACGAUGCGUUUGUAGGCGGGCAAGCGCUCUUUUGCGAAGAGCAGAGUGGACAAAUCGAUAUCUUAUUUCAAGGAUCAAAUGAUGCAAAUGAUGUGUCUUAUCCGGGUUAUGGAACUACCUGCGCUCCAGUAUCUCUGAUGAUUGUUCAAGAUACCCAUUAUUUGCACUUCCCUUCUUUCGCGAUUGAAUAUUCAUGUUUAAUUCUCUAG